GCAGGCCCCGCCCCGCUGCCGUGCGCCGAACGCUGCGUAUCCGGGUUCUCGCCUCCGCCGCCGCCGACGCCGCCAGGCUCAUUCAGCUUUGCUGGGACCGGUGUGUUCCCGACCAAGAUGGCGGCCGUGGGGCGAGUCGGCUCUUUCGGUUCCUCUCCGGCGGGAUUAACCUCGACUUACACGGGCGGUCCCUUGGCCAACGAGCUAACCUCGGGCAACGGCGGCACCGCGGCAGGGGACGAUGAGGAUGGGCAGAACCUUUGGUCCUGCAUCCUCAGCGAGGUCUCCACCCGUUCGCGCUCCAAGCUCCCCGCGGGGAAGAACGUGCUGCUGCUGGGUGAAGAUGGAGCUGGAAAAACAAGCUUAAUAAGAAAAAUUCAGGGAAUAGAGGAGUACAAGAAAGGAAGAGGAUUGGAAUAUUUGUACUUAAAUGUUCAUGAUGAAGACAGGGAUGAUCAAACAAGGUGUAAUGUAUGGAUCUUGGAUGGAGACCCGUAUCACAAAGGCCUCCUUAAAUUUUCACUGGAUGCCAUUUCUCUGAAGGACACUCUAGUUACGUUGGUUGUUGAUAUGUCAAAGCCUUGGACUGCUUUGGAUUCUUUACAGAAAUGGGCAAGUGUUGUUAGAGAACAUAUUGACAAAUUGAAAAUUCCUCCUGAAGAAAUGAAAGAAAUGGAACAAAAGUUGAUUAGAGACUUUCAAGAAUAUGUAGAGCCAGGAGAAGAUUUCCCAGCUUCUCCUCAGAGAAGAAAUACCGCAUCACAGGAAGACAAAGACGACAGUGUGGUUUUACCUCUGGGUGCAGAUACACUUACACAGAACUUGGGCAUUCCAGUACUAGUAGUUUGCACAAAGUGUGAUGCCAUUAGUGUGUUGGAGAAAGAACAUGACUACAGAGAUGAGCAUUUCGAUUUUAUUCAGUCUCAUAUCCGGAAGUUUUGUUUACAGUAUGGUGCAGCACUUAUUUACACUUCAGUAAAAGAAAACAAAAAUAUAGAUUUAGUAUAUAAAUACAUUGUUCAGAAACUCUAUGGAUUUCCCUAUAAGAUUCCUGCUAUUGUUGUGGAAAAAGAUGCAGUAUUUAUUCCAGCAGGGUGGGAUAAUGAUAAGAAGAUAGGAAUAUUACAUGAAAAUUUUCAAAUGUUAAAAGCAGAAGAUAAUUUUGAAGACAUCAUAACUAAACCACCUGUCCGAAAGUUUGUGCAUGAGAAGGAAAUUGUGGCAGAAGAUGACCAAGUGUUUCUUAUGAAGCUACAGUCCCUUUUAGCAAAGCAACCACCAACUGCAGCUGGAAGGCCUGUGGAUGCCUCGCCAAGAGUCCCAGGAGGCUCCCCUCGAACACCAAACAGAUCUGUGUCGUCCAAUGUUGCCAGUGUGUCACCCAUCCCUGCUGGGUCAAAAAAAAUUGAUCCAAACAUGAAAGCUGGAGCUACAAGUGAAGGUGUCCUGGCAAAUUUCUUCAAUAGUUUGCUGAGUAAAAAGACUGGUUCCCCAGGAGGCCCUGGUGUUGGUGGUGGUAGCCCUGGAGGUGGGGCUGGAGGUGGAAGCAGUGGUUUACCACCAUCUGCCAAAAAGUCAGGUCAGAAGCCUGUCCUGUCAGAUGUUCACGCGGAACUAGACAGAAUUGCACGAAAACCAGUUACAGCUUCUCCUACGACACCCGCAUCUCCUACGGAAGGAGAAGCUUCUUGAAGAUACCAAAUAAAGCCAUUUAUUCAGUUUUCUGGGAUAAUGUAAACUUGCCUCUGCCUUCUCCUUCAAAAGUGGAAUUAGGGAGCUGGAGUGCUUUUUCAGAUGGACUUUCAUGUCUUUUUUGUGUAUGUGGUUGCCCAUUUUAUAAAAGGGAAGUAUACAAAAGAAAAAUUAUUCUACACUAUGUAGGAUUGCUAUUUGCAUUGCCACUUUGCAUAAGGAAGUAAUUUUGGAUUUUGAAAAACUCAAAUUUAUAGAUCUGAAAUACAGCCAUGUGAUCAUAUUCUAAAGGCUACUUAAAACAUAUAGGAGGGUUUGAGAAGGGCAGAAAAUAAUAUGCUUUGGGCAUUCGACUUACUUGGAAGGAAGUCCAAGCUUAUUUUAGUUAAGACUAUUAAAAAAUCAUUUAAAAAAAUUAUGUGUUAGUUUUGCUGGAAAAGAAAUGAUCAGUUGUCAGAUUUUCCACACCAACGUAAAUAUACCACCACACAUGGAAUAUGCUGAGAAAACGAUCAGAUAGCAUUUGAUACACUAGUCAUUGUCUCAAUCCAUGAUCCUGUAAGUUGUCAUCAAAAUAUGAUUUAGAAAUAUUGGUCAAGAUUUGUUUCUUUAACUGAGAAGAAAAGAAAGCACACUGCCUAAAUGUGUAAAAGAAAAAUGCAGAGGUUGCUAAAAUGUAAAGAGGUAACAGUCUUUGGAUUUGUCUAUAUAUAUAUAUUACAUAUAUAUAUAUAUCUCUAUAUAUAUCUAUAUAUCUAUUGAUAUAUAUAUAUAUGGCUCUGCCUUAAUAUACCCCUUUUUUGUUUGUGACUUUCAACUGUAAUCAGUUAAUAAAGUAUUUAUUCUCUGCAUUCAGGUUCAAAUAACUUGGCAUUCUCUUAUAUUUAAAUUUGUAUUUAUCAUAUAAUGAAUAAGAUUUGUUAGUAUUUUAAAGUGUUUGACUUAUUAGGAUUACUAAGCUUUCUGAUCUUCUUUCUAAGAGACGAGUACGUGAGAUUCACUGCCUUGUCAAAGGAAUUUACCUUGAUCAGUACAUCUUCCCCAUCAGCAUGUCUUGAACUACAGAAUCUUACAUCAGCAUUCCUAGUAGAAAAAAUAGAGCCUUUUAUCAUUAUUUAAUGGACAGGAACUGUUUUAAAUGUUUGGCAAGUGCACUGAAACAUAGCUACUCCCUUACAGGUGAGAUCACCUGGUAAUAGUUCCACCUUUUCUAUACUCAGAUUUCAGUGCUUGUUUUGGAACCUUCAUGAGAACAGUUUGAUUUUCCUACUGAAGUUCAACUAAAGAACACAUGUACAUUUGACCUAUUGUGUAAUUUCAGAUAAUUGGGGGACAGUGGUUACUACCCUUUACAUUGGUCUUUGUUAUAACUUUAAAAUAUAUAUUCCAAAGAUUUUUUUUUCAAAAAAAUAUUUGAGGACAGUACCUCUACUAUCAAACAUAAUUCUUUCAUUAGAACUUUAAAAUCUGUUUGGUUUUAUAAUAGUAUUUGGCUCCUAAUGGUUGAAUGUAAAUACUAAAAAUAUAUGAGAGGGUUAUAAUUUGUUUCAGUGUGGGAAAAACUUAGGAUGUUUGUGGGCAUGGAAAAAUUAAUUUGCAAAAACAUUUUGUUUAAUAAAAUAUGAGAUGAAAAAUGCCAUUGAUAAAAUCUUCAGUCCGAAAGGGGUUCUGCAGUCCUGGUGUUGUAAAGACCAGUUUUUCUAAACUAGUAGUACUUGAUGAAGUAAGUGAAACUAAUGAAGAGAAUUGCAGACUGUGCAUUAUGGUAUACUUUGGUAUGUCUGCUGUGUUUGCAUGUCUAGACUAACUCAUGUUUUUUUUUUCUGUGUGACAUUGGAGAAGUACUAGAAAAUCCUCAGAAUUACAUUGUUACCUGAAGUAAUUGUCAUUGUUCACUUUAUAUGGGAUUCAGUUUUAACUAAUCAAAAAUCUUGUGUUUACUGCGUUUAAACCUAUUUUUGUCCCUAUUUUUGCAAGGAAAUUUGUUUUUAAACUACUUAAUCUUUUUUGUUUGUUUUUUUACCACUUUUUAUUGAAGUAUACAGUACAGAAAAGUGUACAAGUUACAGGUGUAUGGUUUGAAAUAUCACAAAGUGACCACAUAUAACCAGCACCAGGAUCAAGAAAGACAGCGUUGUUUGCACCCCAGGUGCUUCCCUCGUGCCCCUUGUCAGUCCUCCCACCCACCAAGUAACUACUGCCCUAUCUUCCAAAGCUGUAGAUAAGUUUUACUUGCUUUUAAGUUUUAUAUAAAUGGAAUCUUACAUUUAUAUUCUUUUGUGUCAGGCUUCUUAGUAUUCUGUGGUUCCUCCAUUUUGUUGCCUAUAGCAGUAGUUAUCCAUUCUCAUUGCACCAUAGUAUUUCAUUGUGCAAAUACACUGUAAUUUUUGCAGUAUGCUAUUGAUGGGUGUAUAUUAGUUUCCUAUUGCUGCUGUAACAAUUUACCAAAUUUUAGUGGCUUAAUACAGAUUAAUUAUCAUACCAUUCUCGAGGUCAGAAGUCCACAAUCAGCUGUACUAGGUUAAAUUAAACUGUCAGCAGGGCUGGUUUCUUUUGGAGGCUCCAGGGAGCAUCUGUUUCCUUCCUUUCCAGCUUCUAGAGGCUGCCUGAAUUCCUUGGUUCCUGGCCCAAUCUCCAUCUUCAAAGCCAACAGCAUAGCAUCUUCUACUCUCUGCUUCCAUCACAUUGCUUCUCACUCUGACCCUGCUGCUUCCCGCGUAUCAGGAUCCAUGGGAUUAAACUUUGGCCCACGUGAGUAAUCCAGUAUAAGCUCCCUCAGCACGUCACUCUUCUUGCUUGCAUG